CUGAGAUGACGACAGAACAAGAGAGGGGGAGGAGAGAGAGAGAGAGAGACAGACUGAAUCAGAGCUGAAUACUCAUUCUGUGUUAACAUCUCACUGUGAUAUCAAUGUGUGCAGUCUGAGGUAUUGCGUCCUAUUGCAGAGGUUGAAAAGAAAAACCCAUAUCCCAAGAUGCAGUGGUGCCGGUGGGCUGGCAGUUGGAGGUCACACCUACCAAGACAGUCUGCAGGGCCGGAAAUUGAGGACUCUUUCGACUUUCUUUUCAAAAUCAUCCUGGUUGGGGACUCAGACGUGGGGAAGACCUGUGUGGUCCAGAGCUUCAAGUCUGGCAUUUUCAUUGGAAAACAGCAGAACACCAUCGGGGUGGACUUCACAGUUCGCACCCUGGAUAUCGAUGGCAAGAAGGUGAAGAUGCAGGUGUGGGACACAGCAGGACAGGAGCGUUUCCGCACCAUAACUCAGAGCUACUACCGCAGUGCCCACGGGGCCAUGGUGGCCUACGACAUCACACGCCGCUCCACAUUUGACUCUGUUCCCCUCUGGAUCAGAGAGGUGGAGCAGUUUGGAGCGUCCAGCGUGGUGCUGAUCCUCAUUGGUAAUAAAUCAGACCUUGAAGCUCAGAGGCAGGUUUUGUUCGAGGACGCUUGCACUCUGGCAGAAAACAACAGUGUGCUGGCUGCCCUGGAAACCUCCGCCAAGGAAGCCCAGAACGUCGAGGCAGCCUUCAUCCUCAUGGCCCGGGAGCUGCUGGCACGCAAUGGCAUGACCAUCACAGACGAGAUUUCCCAGGACUCGCCUAAAUUCAUGCUGAGCAACAGCUCCCACGCGGUCAACGGCUCCGAGUCUGCAGACAGAAAGUGUGGCUGCUGAACGGACUGGAACAGGGGACAGCUCUUUGUAUGAAAAAUAGUUUUGACAAUUUAUAAGAAACUACUUUAGUAUGUUGCAUUUGUGAACGUUUUGUAUAUAUUUUGACUUUGAUAUUUAUGCAUUUUGUUGAAUCAGUAACAGGUUUUAAAUGGUGGGUGCUUAUCAAACUUCUUUUGUAUUCUUCAGAGGGUAUGUUUAUAGGAUUACACACCUCUGCUGAAGGAAUGUACUAAAACUGCACUACAGUACACAGAAUAUUUGACUUGA